ACUUUAGUUGAUUUUAAAAUUUGGUAAUUGCAAUUUAUAGCGGAAGUAAAAUAAAAAAGUGAUUCUACAAAAUUUUUCAAAUGAUGAAGUUCGAAUUACUUUAUCUGGUUUUACUGGGGGUUUUUACAUUUUGUAAAUGUAAUCCUGCUCCAUUGAAUGCCAAAGAAUUAGAAGCGAGAAAUUUUGUCGAAAAUGCCACCACAAGAAUGCACACUUUAUACGAACAAACAAGACUUUUAAAUUAUCAACUCGAGAACAUAGAACCAUGGGAAUUAACAACUAAAUAUGAAGAACUAAAGGUUCUCAUAAAUGCUAUAGCUGAUCUUGUUCGUGAAUCAAAAAAAUUCGAUAGCUCACAAUUCCAAGAUGAUGAGCUGAAGUAUAUUUUGGAAUUAAUUGGUCAAGAAGCCGAUGAAGCAAUUCUUGGCUCUUGGUGGGUUGAGAAGAUUUUAGAGGCAGUAAAUGCUGUGGAGGCAAUGCCAUUUCGUCGGAAUAUUGUUAAAUUUCAGAAUAAGAAAGUUAAGUUGACCUACGUGCCGGAUGUUCAGAAAAUUAUUGCAUACACAAAUAAUACCAUGGAACUGAAGUACUAUUGGAAACAAUGGAGAGAAAUUAAUUCCGAAACAGUUUUAAGGAGUAUUAUAAGGAUAACAGAUGGAAUUUUAGAAGCAGCUAAAGCAAGUGAUGUACAGCCUAUGGACUUCUGGAUGAAACGAUUCAACCUUACUCAAAUGGAGCGCAUUAUGAACGAAACUCGUCCACUAUAUAUGCAACUUCAUGCUUUCAUUCGAAAUCAAUUAAAUAAAAAAUAUGGCGACUCAGUAAUAAAACCCAACGGAAUAAUUCCUGAUCAUCUAUUCCGUCAAGUCAUAGCUCAAACAUGGACAAAUGCAAGUAUCAUUGAAGAUGCAUUCCCACUUGCUCAACUUCCACCCUACGAAAAGAUUCUUAAACAAAAGCAUUACGAUGCAACCGAGCUUUACAAAACUGCUGAUGAAUUCUAUAAAUCGCUAGGAUUUGAUUCUUUACCGGAAAAUUUCUGGGGCUCACAAAUUAAAAUGAGCAAAAAUAAGGACGAAGGUGACUGCAAGCCAUCGUUCUUUGACGUAACUUCAAACGUAUUUAUGUUCUUUUGUCAAAAAAUGGACUUUAGGACAUUUCUUCAAGCCCAUCGUUACAUGGGUCAAAUGUAUUAUGCCAGAGAGAAGGUCGGUCUUCCACCUUACUAUUCUAGUGCACACAAUAUGGAAGCUGCAGUUGGGGAAGCUGGAAUACUUUCAGCAUCGACUUUGAGUCAUUUGAAAACUAUUGGAUUGUUAAAUGAUUUCGAAAUCAACAAAAAUGUUGAAUUUAAUCGACUUUUAAGGAUGGGUUUCCACACAUUGCUAAGUAUUCCUCAACAAUUUGUUCAUACAAAAGUUUUAGCUGACUUUUUUGCUGGAAAAGUCGAAUUGGGUCUUUUGAACAAACAUUAUUGGAAACUAAUGGAUCAAUAUUUAGGUGUUGGACCUCCAAUGAAUCGUUUGAGUGAUACUUAUGAUUUUCCAGAAAAAUUCUAUCUUGAAAUCAACGAAAACAGAGAAGCAACUAAAUUCAACACGGAAAUAUUUGGUUAUCAAUUUUACAAGAAAUUAUGUCAAAUCAGUGGCAAAUAUUCGAGUGGAGAUCUGCAUAAAUGUGAUUUUUACGGCAGUAAGGAUGUUGGCGAUUCUCUUAAAAAAAUGAUGAAACUUGGAUCAUCGAAACGCUUAAAUAAAUUAUUGGAAGUUAUGUUUCCUGAAAAUCCUACAAUGAGUUCUGAAGGUUUGUUGGAGUACUACAGUCCAAUUAAAAGUUGGUUAGUUGAAAAGAAUCAAGAAGCAGAUGUUAAACUUGGAUGGACGCCUUCUAAUAAAAAGGUUAAACGAGUUAUAUUGGAUUCCGGUGAAGAAUAUGAUGAUGAAUAAUUGAUUGUAGUUAUUUAAGAAUGAGUUUAAUUUUCGAAAAAAAAAA